CGGCCCUCUUCCCCAUUCACUCCUCUCUCUCUCUCUCUAUCGGACCCCGAAAUCACGAAAACCGAUGAAAAUUUCAUCAUCUUUCUUCCCAAAUUUGGCUUCCCAAUUCGCGAUUUUCGAACUUUCCGAAAUCCGCCCCCAUUUCUCCUCCUUGCGAACUGCAAUAAGUGGAUUUCGAAUUUAAUUCUUGCACACUUUUUCUCCCCUGCUCUCUUCCUCGCUGAAAGGAAGAGGCACUGAGACCGGCGUGAGAAACCCACCCGUGAAUGAUUAAAGUGAAAGAAGAGGAAAGGAAAAAGUUUCGAUUUUUUUCCCCCCUUCUUCUGUUUUUCUGUCCGGAGCAUCUUAUUCUAUGCUGAUAAGAAGAAGCAAAACAAUAUACCUUGGUUCUUGUAACUUGUUCAUAAAUAUAUUAUUUUAAAGGCAGCAGCUGGGCAUAUUGUCUAGGGGGCUUAUAAAGUCAUGCCUUGAGAUUGGGUUUCAUGGGGUGAGCUCACUGUAUAAUGGGUAGCUUCUGUGCUGAUGAAGAAGAAUGUCAGUUUUUCGAUGCUCCGGAGAGUAUUGGCCAAUUCGAUUCGUGGAUUGAUGAUUGGGCGGCUGAGAGAUACAAAUAUGAUAUGUGGAUUCAAAGUCCAAAGAGUGUUAGGGAGCGCCGUAUGAAUUUCUUUCAUUGUCUUAGCAGGGGUAUUGAUGGGAUAAUUGACAUCAACGGGACUUUUCCUAGAAACUCAGUCAUUGAAGAAGAAGAAGAUGAAGAAGUAGAAAACGAAGAAGAAUGUUCCUCUAGCAGAUCUUAUGGUCCAAGUUCAUCAUCUGCUGGUGUGUUGUGUUCAUUAAUGGAGGAAGGUUCAACGGAGACCUUCAUACCUACAAGUGUGAAUCUUGAUUGUCGAAUCUCCAAUGCUAGUGCUUUUUCAGAGCCUGCAAUGGAGAGUAGCCACCCAAACAUGGCAUUAAUAAAUGGGAUGGAUCGGAGGAUACUGAAUAGAGUUAAGAGCCGUUGGAUGAGUAGAUUGCGUUCAAUGACCUGUAUUUAUAAUGAAGGAGGGAGAACAAAUGAUGCGAAAACAUAUGGGUUGGUUCCCAUCUCAAGGUCUAGACUUCAGAGGGUCAAAGUCAGGCAGUGCAAUAAGAGACAGAAGGAAUUGUCUGCCGUUUUUACCGGGCAAGAAAUUCUUGCCCAUGAUGGUUCGAUCUCUGCAAUGAAAUUCAGCCAUGAUGGCCAAUACUUAGCUAGUGCUGGUGAAGAUCAGGCUGUGCGCGUAUGGCAAGUGGUUUCAGAUGAAAGAUCCAAUAAAAGUGACCUUCCGGAUUUGGAUCCUUCGUGCAUUUACUUCACGGUGAAUCGUUUGUCUCAACUAGAACCUGUUUCUAGAGAGAAAGGGGGGAUAAAUAAAUCAGCGGGCAUCAAGAAAUCAGCCGACUCUGCUUGUGUUGUUUUCCCUCCAAGGAUCUUCCGGAUUCUUGAAAAGCCUCUCCAUGUUUUCCUAGGACACAAGGCCGAGAUUUCAGAUCUUUCAUGGGCUAAGAACAAUUCUCUUCUUUCGUGUUCAGUUGACAAAACGGUUCGACUUUGGCAAGUUGGUUUUGAUCAAUGCCUCCAAGUCUUUUCACACACCAAUUAUGUGUCAUGUGUCCAAUUUAACCCUGUAAAUGACGAUUACUUCAUUAGCAGUUCAAUUGAUGGGAAAAUUCGAAUUUGGACAGUUAGUGGUGCUCAAGUGGUUGAUUGGACCGAGGUUAAAGACAUAGUUACUGCUGUUUCGUAUCGCCCUGAUGGGCAGGGUGGUGUAAUAGGAUCUACAACAGGCACCUGUCGUUUUUUCAACGUUACAGAUAACCGCGUCCAACUAGAGUCCGAUAUUUGUCUGAUCAGUAAAAAGAAGUCGCUAAGCAAAAGGAUUACUGGCUUUCAGUUUGAUCCAAGAGACGCAAGCAAAGUGAUGGUUACUCUUGCAGACUCUCAAGUGAGAAUCAUUUGCGGGAAGAAUGUUGUGACUAAGUAUAAAGGGCCUAGGAAUGCAGGAAACCUAAUGUCAGCUUCAAUAACUUCAGACGGAAAGCACAUCAUCUCUUCGUCUGAAGAUUCCAAUGUUUACGUGUGGAACCGUAUCUCCCCAGAAGAAUCCUCUGCGUCAAAACCAAAAGUGAUGAAAUCGUUUGAGUUCUUCCCUUCUGGGAAUGCAUCCAUUGCAAUACCGUGGCCCGGCACGAAACUUGAGCCCUCCCAUGGAGUGGAUGAUAAUAACAACAUCAAGAAUGCGUUGCCCUUCUCCAUUUCCCGAUUGGACAGAGAACUGUUCUUAGAGGCUACCGUUCCCAAGGGCUCUGCAACUUGGCCGGAAGAGAAACUGCCUGCGCCCACAACCCAUCACCAGACUUCCGCAAUGUGCAAAUCUCAAUACAGAUUUCUCAAGAACUCGUGCAAAAACACGUCGUCCAGUCACGCCUGGGGUUUAGUCAUAGUCACUGCUGGGCAAGACGGGCGGAUCAGGUCGUUCCACAACUACGGAUUGCCUGUCCCUCUGUAAAAUUACUGCAAGAUGAGUUUUCGAAGAUUUAAAAAAAAGAAAAAAAAACUUUUUUUUCGAGUCGGUACGUGGGCCCCUCCACCGGGGUAUAUAUGCCUGCACCAUAUGGGACUGUUUGGCUGAUCUAAAUGGGAAAUGGCCAGAAGUUUUUGAUGGGUUUCUGCAGCUAACAUUAUUACUAUUAUUAUUAUGCCCUCUGACUGUAGGGACUUUGAAUAAGGUUCUCAAAAAAAAAGAACAGAAAAAAAAAGAGAGAAAAAGAAAGAUGAUACCCUUAUAAAGCCCCAGCAGGAAGUGGGGUUUGUAAUGAAAUGUGGAUGGAUGCACUUUGUUGUACAGAAGUGCCCCAGGUUUUGUAGGGUUGUUUGGCUGUACAGAAGGAAGGAGAUAAGACUAUGAUGAUGAUGAGCCUCUAUGUAUAUUGAGGCCUCUGUUCCUUUUAUUAUACUCCGUAAUUAACAAAAUAGGCUGACUGGA